CGCCCAGGGAUAACAUAGUAUAAGCCCCGGCUACACGUGUCCCAUCACACUCACUUUGCUUGAAUCUUGUGGAAUAGAUGUAUAAAUAUACCUUGAGAGUACUUACAUGCAUAUAUUUUGUGAAGUAUGAGUUGUGUGGGAAGUGAAGUUGCAGCAAUGAACAAAGCAAUGUGGCUCUAUCCUAAGAUUAUGGGGUUUAAUCCUCCUGAAAAAUGGGGGCAUACAGCUUGCUAUUCUAAUGGUUUUCUCUAUGUUUGUGGGGGUUGCUGUUGGGGUUUGCAUUUCAGGGAUGUGCUAGUCCUAAAUCUCGAGACAAUGGCUUGGGACAAACUGGUGACCACAGGACAAGAUCCAGGCCCGAGAGAUAGCCAUACUGCUGUUUUGGUUGAGCAAAAGAUGAUAAUUUUUGGGGGUACUGAUGGAACUAAGAAAGUUAAUGAUGUUCAUGUACUAGAUCUUAUGUCGAGAGAAUGGUCUCGCCCUCAUUGUAAAGGGAUUGCACCUUCUCCGCGUGAAAGUCACACUGCUACGCUCUUUGGUAACUGCAAAUUAGUGGUGUUUGGUGGCAGCGGAGAAGGUGGUGCAAACUAUUUGAAUGAUGUACAUGUUUUGGACCUGAAGUCAAUGUCGUGGAGUUCGCCUCAAGUUAAGGGGGAUAUACCUGUCCCGAGGGACAGUCAUAGCGCGGUUGCAGUAGAGAAUAAGCUCAUUGUAUAUGGUGGUGAUUGUGGAGUUCGUUACCAAGGAGAUGUUGAUGUGCUUGAUAUGGAUACUAUGACUUGGUCGAGGAUGGCCGUUCAUGGACCUUCACCUGGUGUUCGAGCAGGUCACGUGGCAGUGAGUUAUCAUACAAAGGUUUAUGUGAUUGGUGGGGUUGGAGACAAGAAAUAUUACAAUGAUGUUUGGUUGCUUGAUACAAGUACUUGUUUGUGGUCUAGGCUUGAGAUUUGCGGCCAAAAACCACAAGGAAGGUUUUCUCAUACAGCUGUUGCUACGGAUACAGACAUAGCCAUCUACGGAGGGUGCGGAGAGGAUGACAGACCUUUAAACGAGUUACUUAUCUUGCAGCUUGGAGCUGAACAUCCUGAUGGCAGGAAUAACCUCAUGUCCAGUCGUUUUGGUAGUCAAGGAAAGACAGAAUUUGCGAAAAAAGCACGUCUAUUCCCGGAAACUAUAAACAUGGAUGGUAAUGUAGGGCUGGAAACAAAUGAAGAUAAUGAAACAGAAAGAAUACUAGCUUUUCAAUUAGGUCCAGAUACAGUACAUCCAAAGCGUAGAAGAACAUCCAAUCCAAUGAUAUACGAGAUAGAAUCAGACCCGGAGGAGCAUUCUCUUUCACUGUCACAACACUCAUCUCCUUCCUACUCUGAUCAAGAUCAAACUCCUGCGAACAAAGUCACCUGGUUGGCAAAAACUCCCCAACUAUUUCCUGUGGUUAAGCGGAAUACUUCAGUUUCAAAUAAUAGCCUAUCUAGUGAAAUUCAUUGCAAUCAACUCGACCAAAGAAAUGUAAUCAACAGAACUCCACACAAUGUACAUUUUUUGGGAGAAAAUUUAUUUAAGAGAAAACCAGAAAGUUUUCAUCAAGGUCACAAUAUUAUACACGACGCACAAUUCUCGGCUACAGAUCAAAAUCCAUCAGAGGCAGGACAACUGGAAAGCCAGAUUGGAACUGAUGUUCAUGGUAAAGUUGAUGGAGUUUUCGACUCUGGGUUAUUAAUGACUGCAAUUGUUAAUGGAAGAGUAUUUAGAGGAGUCUUGUUUUCACCAGGGCCUCAAGUUACUUCGAGGGAUGUUACACCGGGUAAAAAUAUAUUGCAACCGAACCCACACUCCAGUCACGUAAAUUCGAGUUCUCUUAGGCGUUCUGAGCAGUCUACUACAGUACAACCACCAAAACCAAAUUAUAACUUCCAACAAGCUUAUGGAAAUAAACAAAAUUCAUUUGGCGAAAGCUCUUUAAUGUUAGGUCGAGAUUUGGAGGCCAACAGUGAGUUACAAGGCGUGGUUCUUACACUCGGGGGUCCAGGAAAUAGUGGGGGAUUGUAGUUGAAAAUGAAAAUUCUUCAGAAUCCCAACUGCCAAGCCAUUAUCUAUGUUCUUGCUUGUGUAGAUGCUCUGUAUUGUCUAUUAGUUGGUUUAUUAUUCUGGUGCUCUGUAUUGUAGUCUAUGUAUGACUUGAAAGCUUGUAAGUGUAACUUUAGUUUUAGUAAAUAUUUGCAAAUAAUGCUAAUGAUCAUUUUCGGAAAAAUGCUAUAGGUUUCGAAACAUUAACCAAAUAGAUCACUUAAAUUCUAAUAA